CAAUAAGGGCACGAUAAUUGUCAAUUCGAUCAUCCAUUUGAUAAAUGAUUUGAUAUAUAUAGCAUCUCCCUCAUAAUUAACAUAGACUUUACAUAGGAUCACCACAAAUAAAUCUGCACACAAAAACCAGCACCAUAACACAUCAUCACCGCAACCCAAAAUAGCAAGCUAUACCUUGUCCCGAAAUUUCUACUGCAAAACUACUAAUUUUGAUAUAUACGAAAUCCUAUUCAAUAGUGUAGCGCUUUCAAGUAACAGCCUGGAAAACUCAAGUUCCGAGUGGUGUUGUUGCUGCAGUUGAUGUAAAAUGCUUUCACCGACAAAAGAUGAGAACUGCAAGAUGCCAUUAACCUUCUGUGUGGUCGGGCUGGAAUUCAAUACUUCAUAAAAUUGAUCCAUUGAAUUCCUAGCACACUUUCGAAUAUUGCUGUCGGUAUUCAUUGAAGUUUUUGCACGUGAAUCGUAAAUCGGUACUAGAUUUCUCGACAGGGCUCGGUGAAAAUCGAAUAUUUUGUUAAUCCUUCCUUCCUCACGACGUUGAGCACAAUACUGUUAGAUCACAGAAUUUAUACGAUGGAUGUCCCUACUAAUCACAUCGAGAACUCCAAUUCAGAUCUGCAGCCUAAUAAACGCCGGAGAAAAAAGUCCAUUGUCUGGGACCACUUCACCAUUGAAACUAUUAAUGCUGACUGUAUCAGGGCUCUCUGUAAGCAAUGCAAGAAAUCAUUUGCUUAUAUAUCUGGCUCAAAAUUAUCUGGCACCAGUCACUUGAAACGGCAUAUUUCCUUGGGGAUCUGCCCCGUGAGUCGGUGUAAUGAAGAGAAAAAUCAGCUCCAUAUAUUCACUCCAGAUGCCAAAUCUGAUGUUUCUGAGAAUGGUACAGUCCGAACAAGAAAGCGUUACCGGGCUAACCCUGGACCUGCUAGUAUCUCUUUUGAUCAGGACCUAUGCUGUCAUGAAAUUGCAAAAAUGAUUAUCCAGCAUGAAUAUCCUCUUCGCAUGGUUGAAGAUUCUGGCUUUAUUGAUUUUGCAAGGUGUCUUCAUCCCCAUUUUAAUGCAAUGAGUACCAAUACUGUCCAAGAAUACAUUAUGGGCAUUUAUUUCAGAGAGAAGCAAAAGCUUCUGAACCUUGUUACUGGAAUUGCAGGACGAGUUAGUCUUACUCUGGAUUUGUGGACUUCAGAUCAAAGGGUGUCUUACGGACUCCUAACGGGACACUUCAUUGGUUGCGACUGGAAACUGCAUAGGCGGAUCUUCAAUGUUGCAAUGUUACCAUAUCCUGAUUCAGAAACCAGCUUUAUUCACGCCAUCGCAUCUUCUCUAAAUGACUGGGGUUCGGAGAGCAAGCUGUUUACUCUCACUCUUGAUCAAUUCCAUACAAAUGAAAAUGCAAAGAGGAAUCUUAGAGGUCUCCUAUCAAUCAAGAACUCCCGUAUUCUCACUGGCCAGCUAUUAAUUAACAGUUGUUAUACUUGUACUCUGACGAGGCUUGCACAGGAUGCAGUAGGGUUUAUUCAGGAAACUGUUCAGAAGGUCCGUGACAGUGUCAAGUAUGUGAAAAUUUCUGAAGUUCGUGAAGAAAGAUUCAUCAAACUGAAACAACAGCUUCAAGUGCCCAGUACAAAGAACUUAAUUGUUGAUGACCUUACCAAAUGGAAUACUACAUAUCACAUGUUGAUGGCUGCUUCUGAACUAAAGGAAGUAUUUUCAUGCCUGGAUACUUCUGAUCCAGAUUAUAAGAGCACUCCAACAAUGGACGAGUGGAGACAAGUGGAAACUCUUUGCACUUACUUAAAGAUUUUCUACGAGGCAGCCAACAUUCUAACAUCCCCUUUGUAUCCGACUACCAAUACAUUCUUCCACGAACUGUGGAAAAUUCAGCUAGAACUGAUGCAUGCUGUUACGAGCCCAGAUCUCUUUGUCAGCAACCUUACCAGACCAUUGCAUGAGAAAUUCACUAGAUAUUGGGAGGACUGUAACCUAGUCUUGGCAGUUGCUGUAGUUAUGGACCCAAGGUUCAAAAUGAAGCUCGUGGAGUUCAGCUUUUCCAGAAUCUAUGGUGAGGAUGCAGACAAUUGGAUCAAGAUCGUUGAUGAAGACGUGCACGAACUUUAUCUUGAGUACGUUGUGCAAUGCCUUCCUCCACCGACUUUUAUAGGAGGAAAUGAGGCUGUUGCAAAAACAGAGAUCCCUCAAGAAGAAGGUGGUUUUCCUAAUGGUGAUAUUGAGUUUUCGGAUUAUGACAUCUACAUUUCGGAUAUAAUGAAUGGCCAACAGAUGAAAUCAGAAUUAGAUCAGUAUCUAGAAGAAUCUCUUUUACCUCGCGUCCAAGAUUUUGACGUUCUAGGUUGGUGGAGAGUAAAUAGAUCGAAAUACCCAACUUUGUCAAAAAUGGCUUGUGAUGUAUUAUCAAUUCCAGUGUCCACCGUACCUCCUUAUUCUGUGUUCGAUACAAGAACGAGAAAGAUGAAUAGCUACCGAAGUUCAUUAAGACCAACGGUACUUGAGGCUCUUAUCUGUGCAAAGGAUUGGUUGCAGUAUGAACAUUCAGAAAUGUCAUUUGGAAUUACAGAAGUUCCUAGUACAGUUGUUAAAACAGAUUUCUGAGAGAACAAAUAUUAUUUUUUCUUGUAGAUGAUAUCGUUCUGAUUAUUUUUUUGGGUAAUUAUAUUGUUUACUCAUUAUAUUUUUGUCUAAGAAGAUAAUUGAUUUUUAGAGUACAAAUGAAAGAUGAUAGUCUAUUUUUCUU